GUGGCCGUCGCGUCACGCGGCUGCGUAGAGAGCCGUCUAUGGAGUGUGGGCUGCCCGCGGAUCCGAGGGUUACAGUCCCGACGCCACCCUGCACGGCCCUAAUCUGACUGCCCAAGAGCCAUGCCGCCAUGUGAUCCCUGACUUCAUCCUGGCCGGACCCCACCCGGAGCCGCUUUGCCUGCCCCUGCUUCUAGCCGGACCUCUGAUUCCACUCCAGGCUCUGACCUGGCCUUGAACCUGACCCCAGCCAGCAGAUCCCAGGCCCAGCCCCUGAGCCCCAGCACUCGCCCGAGGGCUCCCCAUGCUCCUGGCCAUGCAUGGGAAGCUUUUGCCACUGGCCGGCCUCUACCUGGUGCAAGGCUUGCCCUAUGGGCUGCAGUCUGGCCUGCUGCCCCUGCUGUUCCGGGCUCGGGGCCUCUCCCUGACACGUGUGGGACUGGCCAAGGUGCUGUAUCUGCCGUGGCUGUUUAAACUCGUGUGGGCCCCACUGGUGGACACACGGGGCUCCCUGAAGUCCUGGCUGAUGCUCAGCACGGCUGCUCUGGGCUUGGUGUGUGGGCUGCUGGCAGCCCUGCCUCCUGCAGAAGCUGGCCAGGCCGGGCUGCCGGUCACCGUGGCAGGGCUGCUUCUGUUACUGAACCUGGGUGCUGCUGUGCAGGACGUGGCCCUGGACACGCUGGCCGUACAGCUCUUAGAGCCAGCCGAGCUAGGGCCUGGUAACACAGUGCAGGUGGUCGCUUAUAAGCUAGGGGCAGUGCUGGCAGGAGGGGGCCUGUUGGCCCUUGUGCCCACCCUCUCCUGGCCCGGGCUCUUUCUGUUUCUGGCUGCUGUCUAUUGGUUGGCUGCUGCCCUAGCCUGGGCUGCGCCAGCCCUGCAACAGUUGCCUGCAUCUCAGCCCUCAGAAGGACCUCUGCGUACCCUGCACCUCCUGCAGGACUUGCUGGCCAUGCCUGGCACUCUGUGGACAGCAGGCUUUGUGCUCACUUACAAACUGGGUGAGCAGGGUGCCAGCAGCUUGUUUCCACUCUUCCUGCUGGACCGCGGCAUCUCCAUGCCAGAGCUGGGCCUGUGGAACGGCGUGGGCGCUGUGGUCUGCUCCAUUGUCGGCUCAUCCCUGGGCGGGGCCCUGCUGGCCAGGCACUGGCGACCACUGCCCUUGCUGAGGUCUGUGCUUCGUUUCCGUCUUGGCGGUCUGGCCUGCCAGACCACCCUGCUCUUCCACCUGGACACUCCAGAGGUCAAGCUAGAUCCCAGCACAGUCCUGAGAGGGGCAGCCUUGCUGAGUCUGUGUCUGCAACACUUCCUGGGGGGCCUGGUUACAACCACCACGUUCGCCCUGAUGAUGCACUGCACCCAGCUGGCACCCGGUGCCCUGCAGGCCACACACUACAGCCUCCUGGCCACCCUGGAACUGCUGGGGAAGCUGUUCCUGGGCUCACUGGCUGGAGCUCUGGCUGACAGCUUGGGGCCACGUCUCUGUUUUUCCCUCUUCCUUGCUCUCUCAGGCAUGCCUGUUCUGUAUCUGGGUCUGGCACCCAGUGCCCUGGCCUGAGCUGGGUGGCCAGCCCACCUAAUAAAGCUGAGCGUGCCCACGGC